AUGUCUGGGGGUCGAGCAGACCAGUUUCAACAUGCCCACCUACUUAAAACUUGCCAUGGCAGCUCUUCAGCAUGGUUUUACUUGCUCAUCACUCUCGCCCUCCCUCAUCUGCCCUUCGCCACUAUACGUGGUGGACUACUACAUCAGACAAUGACAAGUUACACCGCGCAAGACCUCAUCCUUGAACACCCCUCCAACCCGAUCCACAACCCCCUCUACUUGACCGACUCAGACAAAAGAUGGGCCCGUAACUAUAAGCCCAUUGUGAACCUCACUUGCCGGACUAUGGUGGCCAACGACGGUAUCACCUACGCCAACUUCGAUGAUGCCUUUCUUCCACUGUAUGAAGAUGAUAACCUAAGGCUUAGCCAACCUGCCGAGUCACCAAACAGCCGUAAAUGGAGAUUCGAGACCGAGGCCGACUGUGAGAAUUGGUUCAACACCGAGAUUGUGAAUGUGGUGCUGUCUGCGUGGAAUCGAUACCCGUCGAUUUUGCAGUCUUCCCAUAACAAACCGGUUUCGGAGGAAAACAUACCUGAGAAUAUCGACUCGAUAUUCACGUUCAAGUUCGAAGGUGCUAAGCGUGUCCUGGCUAUCGGUGAGAUCAAGAGGAAUCUGAUCAAGCCUAACCUCUGGCAGAGGGGAACUCCUUCGUCUUCGGCAAGCCAGAAAAAGCUUUCUCAAGAGCUACGAGGGUACGCGCACAAAUAUCAGUGCCCUCAGGUGUUCUGCUUCGAUGGUGCCAUCCUGCUGCUUCUACAAUUCCGCGCCGAGAAGGCCGAUGAUCUUGAGAAGGAGAGUUGCCCCAUAGACUGCUGGGUGCUUCCUAUGCAGCAGAGUGCUUGCCCCCUACGUUUGGCCUUCUAUCGGCUCCUUUCGCAAGGUUGGAGGCGAUGCCAAGGAGAACUAGCAGAACCUUUCACAAUUGGGGGAUUGGCGCCAUACUCUCGUGAAUUUUUCAACGGCCUACCCGUUUGGAAGCACGAAGGCAGGAAAACUAGGGCACAUCCACUGGGAUAUCAGAGAUCAGUUCAUGCGGCAACAGGUGCAUUGAUCUGGAUUCAAGAGAACGAAGACGAGGCUGAGUGGGAGACUGGUGCAUUUUGGGAACAAGUUGAGUCUUGA